AUGAGCGUAGAAGAAUUGAAAAACCAGGGGAAUCAGGCAUUUAAGGCUGGAAAUUACAAGGAGUCCGCCAGAAUAUAUAACAAUGCCAUUAUGCUGGACCCGGGAAAUGCAGUGCUCUAUUCUAACAAAGCAAUGGCUUAUAUCAAAUUAAAAGACUGGAAUGGCACUUUGGCUACCUGUAACCAGGCACUCUCUUCCACCGAACCUGAUGACAAGACCAAAAUCAAACUAUUGUGGAGAAAGUCAAUAGCCUUGCAAGAAUUAGACAGGUUUUCGGAAGCCAAAGAUUCCUUGCAAAAAGCCCUCCAGCUUGAUCCAAAUAAUAAAACUUUGAAGCAGGAUUUGGAAAGCCUAGAAUUAAAAAUCAAAGAACUAGAUGCAGAACUAAUAGAAAUUCCGAUACAAUUCGCAGACUCGCUUCCUCCAAGGUACCUGCCGAAAAAGAAAGCAUUCAAAUUGGAAGAAUCUGAUAUCCCACCAAUGCCUGAACUGGAACGAUUUCCUCGCUCUCCAACUGCAUUAUUCCUUUCUGAGCUUUCAAAAAAACAGCCUAGCGAGAGGGAACAAUAUUAUGAAUACGUGCUUCAAAUAGACAGCUCGGUCUAUACCGGCUUGUUUGAGAGAUCAGGACUAGACUCAAAUUUCUUGGGGUUUUACGUGGAAGCUGCAACAAAUUACCUCGCAUCAUCGGACACUCGAUUUCUAAACAACAUCAUAAAACAUCUACAAGCCUUUGUGAAAACUCCAAGAUUUUCAAUCGCCUCAAUGUUCAUUUCUACAUCUCAAGUUGACAGACUGUUUAACUCGCUCAAGGCAAAAACGGGUAAAGAUUUAAGAUCAAUUUGGACCUAG